UGUCAUGUGACAGCUGCGAUGUGUUGGCACACGCAUCGCAGGUCAGGUUGGGGAGCAUGUGCUGGUACAGCAUGUUGGCACACGAAUCGCAGGUCAGGUUGGGGAGCAUGUGCUGGCACAGCGUGUUGGCACACGCAUAGUAGGUCAGGUUGGGGAGCAUGUGCUGGCACAGCGUGUUGGCACACGCAUCGCAGGUCAGGUUGGAUAGCAUGUGCUGGUACAGCGUGUUGGCACACGCAUCACAGGUCAGGUUGGAUAGCAUGUGCUGGUACAGCGUGUUGGCACACGCAUCACAGGUCAGGUUGGAUAGCAUGUGCUGGUACAGCGUGUUGGCACACGCAUCGCAGGUCAGGUUGGAUAGCAUGUGCUGGUACAGCGUGUUGGCACACGCAUCGCAGGUCAGGUUGGAUAGCAUGUGCUGGUACAGCGUGUUGGCACACGCAUCACAGGUCACGUUGGAUAGCAUGUGCUGGUACAGCGUGUUGGCACACGCAUCACAGGUCACGUUGGAUAGCAUGUGCUGGUACAGCGUGUUGGCACACGCAUCACAGGUCACGUUGGAUAGCAUGUGCUGGUACAGCGUGUUGGCACACGCAUCACAGGUCACGUUGGAUAGCAUGUGCUGGUACAGCGUGUUGGCACACGCAUCACAGGUCACGUUGGAUAGCAUGUGCUGGUACAGCGUGUUGGCACACGCAUCACAGGUCAGGUUGGAUAGCAUGUGCUGGUACAGCGUGUUGGCACACGCAUAGCAGGUCAGGUUGGAUAGCAUGUGCUGGUACAGCGUGUUGGCACACGCAUCGCAGGUCAGGUUGGGGAGCAUGUGCUGGUACAGCGUGUUGGCACACGCAUAGCAGGUCAGGUUGGGGAGCAUGUGCUGGUACAGCGUGUUGGCACACGCAUAGCAGGUCAGGUUGGGGAGCAUGUGCUGGUACAGCGUGUUGGCACACGCAUAGCAGGUCAGGUUGGAUAGCAUGUGCUGGUACAGCGUGUUGGCACACGCAUAGCAGGUCAGGUUGGAUAGCAUGUGCUGGUACAGCGUGUUGGCACACGCAUAGCAGGUCAGGUUGGAUAGCAUGUGCUGGUACAGCGUGUUGGCACACGCAUCACAGGUCAGGUUGGGGAGCAUGUGCUGGUACAGCGUGUUGGCACACGAAUCGCAGGUCAGGUUGGAUAGCAUGUGCUGGUACAGCGUGUUGGCACACGCAUAGCAGGUCAGGUUGGAUAGCAUGUGCUGGUACAGCGUGUUGGCACACGCAUAGCAGGUCAGGUUGUAUAGCAUGUGCUGGUACAGCGUGUUGGCACACGCAUCGCAGGUCAGGUUGGAUAGCAUGUGCUGGUACAGCGUGUUGGCACACGCAUCACAGGUCAGGUUGGAUAGCAUGUGCUGGUACAGCGUGUUGGCACACGCAUAGCAGGUCAGGUUGGGGAGCAUGUGCUGGUACAGCGUGUUGGCACACGCAUAGCAGGUCAGGUUGGAUAGCAUGUGCUGAUACAGCGUGUUGGCACACGCAUCGCAGGUCAGGUUGGGGAGCAUGUACUGGUACAGCGUGUUGGCACACGAAUCGCAGGUCAGGUUGGAUAGCAUGUGCUGGUACAGCAUGUUGGCACACGCAUAGUAGGUCAGGUUGGAUAGCAUGUGCUGGCACAGCGUGUUGGCACACGCAUAGCAGGUCAGGUUGGAUAGCAUGUGCUGAUACAGCGUUUUGGCACACGCAUCGCAGGUCAGGUUGGAUAGCAUGUGCUGGUACAGCGUGUUGGCACACGCAUCGCAGGUCAGGUUGGAUAGCAUGUGCUGAUACAGCGUGUUGGCACGCGCAUCACGCGACGAAAUGCCUCGGAAUCCCUUGGAUCACCGUGGCUGCAUCAUGUGAUAUGAUCACAUUUGCCAUCUGCGCUGAGCUGCGGUGAGGUUGCAAGGAGUCACAGUUUGGGAAUGACUCUUAUACUGUCUCAAGAAAGAUAACAGCUGAGAUUUUUUCCCAGAGUGUCUGCCUUUGUGUCAUGUCAGAACUGAUUUGCAUGAUUUAAGCCUGUGUUUGUCAGGGCAUGCAGGGAUUUGCAUUAGCCUAAUAGCAGCUUCCUGUCUUCCCAUCAUUGGCUCAUAGGCACUGCCUAUUACCGAAUUACAGACCUGAGGUGAUUCAUAGUGGCAGUGGUUUCUUUUUGGACACCACAUGGUUUCCUCCUGACCCCCGGCCUGACUCUGUGUGACCUCCCACGGUUCUGGUGUAUAUUCUCUACAGUCAACUCCAGAAAUAUUAGCAAUGCCCAAGAAAGUGGGGUAAAAACAUUUUAUUAACUUUUGUGGAAUCUUUCAAGAAUAUAUGGAGCAAAAUGAUUUGCACUGCUGGAAAAUGUCCUUAAAUAAACACCAAAGACAUUUGAAUCCUUGAUGUCUUUAUAUAGCUCCUGUUGCACAGGGUGUCAUUGGUUACCUGUGAGUACCUCCUGUUUUGCUGGGAUAUGCAGGUAUGACACAGGUGCAAAAUCCCUUUGUCAUUCAUCAACAUAAUUAUGACACUGUAUUGGUCCCACUGGUGACCUUCCAGUCAGCUUAGCCUGCUGACUCACAUUCUGCCCUUUGGGUAAGUGGGCAAAAUGAGAUCAAUGGUUGUUCAUUUUUAAAGAUUAGGUGGCAGUAAAAAUACCACUGCAGGCAAUUAGGGCAAUUAUAAACAAACAAGAGAUUUGUGACAAUAGGGAAAUGCAGCCAUUAACAUUGACAACAGCAACACAAGGGUUAAGGACUGUUAAUAAAGAGCGUGAUUUCCCCGGUAAACCAGUCUCCAUGUCUCUCUCUGCUCCCACAAUGCCUCGGUCUGCCCGUCGCCACACUGUACUGUGUUUUUCUUUAAAGUUUUUGCUAUAAAAACCAGAAAAUUAAUUAACAAAAAUUAUUAUUUGGUAGGCUUGUGAACGAAUUAACCAAAUUUCAAUGCUUUCUUAUGGCAAAAAUUGCCUUGCUUCACGUACAAACAACCCUGGAACAGAUUGUGUCCGUGAACUGCAGGCACCACUGUAUUUCAAAAUCAACUUUCAUCUGUAUCAGCAGAAGCUUUUUGGGUUGAGUUUCUCAGAAGUGAUUCCUGAGACAAUGCCAGGAAAUGCAGCACCUGAAGUUUGCCAGGUAUCUUUGGAAUUAUGUGUUGUGGUUACAUGAGACACAGAUGGAACUCUUUGGUAAUGCACACCACUUACACGCCUGCCAAACAAGAGAGGGACUGCCUGCAAAGAAAAGCACCUACUGCCUACUGUCAAAUAUGCUCAUGAAGGUCAACAGCAUCAUGAAUUGCAUAAAAUACUGGGACAUUUUAAUCAAAUAUUUAGCGGUUUUUCUGUUUGAAAAAGAAAUACAGGGUUUUUGCAUUAAUGUUUUAGUUCAGAAUAUGAUUUAUUGGUCUCUCCUGGAGCCGACAUCUUAUCGUGGUGGAGGGGUUUGCGUGUUCCAAUGAUCCCAGGAGUUAAGUUGCCUGGGGCUUUAUGCCCCCGGUAGGGUCACCCAAGGCGAACAGGUCCUGGGUGAGUUAUCAGACAAAAUGCAGCUCAUUAGAUCCCUUAUGAUGAGUUAUAACAUAGACCCACGUUUUCCCUCGCCCGGACGCGGGUCACCGGGCCCCCCCCCAGAGCCAGGCCUGGGGGUGGGGCUCGAUGGCGAGUGCCUGGUGGCCAGGCCUACACCCAUGGGGCCUGGUCGGGCACAGCCCAAAGAAGACAUGUGGGUCCCCCCUCCAAUGGGCUCACCACCCAUGGGAGGGGCCAUAGGGGUCGGGUGCAGUGAGAGGGUAGCCUCCCUUCACCUUCGGGUGGGGGUACGGAUCCUGACUGUUGUUUGUGCUUAUGCACUAAACAGCAGUUCAGAAUACCCACCCUUUUUGGAGUCCUUGGAAGGGGUGUUGGAGAGCUCUGCUGGGGGACUUCAAUGCUCAUGUGGGCAAUGACAGUGAGACCUGGAGGGGCGUGAUUGGGAGGAACGGCCCCAUGAUCUGAACCUGAGCGGUGUUUUGUUAUUGGACUUCUGUGCUCGUCACAGAUUGUUCCGGGCAUGUCCCACUGGGAGGAGGCCCCUGGGAAGACCUAGGACACGCUGGAGAGACUAUGUCUCCCAGCUGGCCUGGGAACGCCUCAGGAUUCCCCCAGAGGAGCUGAAUGAAGUGGCCGGGGAGAGGGAAGUCUGGGUUUCCCUGCUUAGACUGCUGGCCCCAAGACCCGACCUGGAAAAGCGAAUAUGCAAGUAGAGGUUCAUUGUAUGACUAUCUGUCCAGCAUUGAGAGUGAGCAGAUGGACAUCAGACAAAUCAUGACCUGGGCCAUGGAGAUAGCCAAAGGAAUGCACUAUUUGCACUCAGAAGCUCCAGUAAAGGUUAUCCACAGAGAUCUGAAGUCCAGGAAUGUGGUGAUGACCACAGACAAAGUGCUGAAGAUCUGCGACUUUGGCGCCUCUAAGUUCCACUCGCACACUACGCACAUGUCCCUGGUGGGCACCUUCCCAUGGAUGGCUCCUGAGGUGAUCCAGAGCCUGCCUGUGUCAGAGACCUGUGACGCAUAUUCCUACGGAGUGGUCCUGUGGGAGAUGCUCACCCGUGAGGUUCCCUUCAAAGGUCUUGAGGGCUUGCAGGUGGCCUGGCUGGUUGUAGAGAAACAUGAGAGGUUGACUAUCCCCAGUAGCUGCCCAGCCAGCUUUGCUGACUUGAUGAGGAAGUGCUGGUUGACUGAGCCCAAGGAAAGGCCAAUAUUCAAGCACAUACUGUCAACCUUGGAGUACAUGUCUAACGACAGUCAGCUUCCUGAGCAGUGCAACUCCUUCCUUCAGAACAAGGCAGAGUGGAGGUGCGAGAUUGAGGCCACGCUGGAGAGACUGAAGAAACUGGAGAGGGACCUGAGUACCAAGGAGCAGGAACUGAAGGAGAGGGAACACCGCCUUAAGAUCUGGGAGCGCAAACUGAUCGAGCAAUCCAGCGAGCCGCUCCUCCCAUCCCUGGACAUUCACGCUUGGACUGAAGAGCAUGUGCAUUCCUGGAUGCAGCAAAUUCUAAGUUCAGACAACUCAGUGGGUGAUGUGCAGCUCUAUGCGGACCUGUUUAAAGAGAACCACAUCACUGGCAGACGGCUGCUGCUGCUGACAGAGGCUGACAUGAAGGACAUGGGCAUCAGGUCCAAGGGGCACAUCAUUCACCUCAAGUCCGAAAUCGAGAAGUUAACCAACGACUACUUGGCAAUUUUCCAUUUCCCCCCAUUAAUGAAGGAUGAGGAAGAGGAACAUGAAGAAAAGGUCAUAAAUUUGGAGCUGGUUUUUGGAUACCACUGGAAACCUGGAACUGGCCCCCAGGACUGUAAGUGGAAGAUGUACAUGGAGCUUGACGGCGAUGAAGUCGCAAUAGCUUACAUUAAAGAUGUCACGUUCAACGUCAACAGACCCGACAUGGAUGUUCUUAAGAUGACCAAGCCACCGUUCGUGAUGGACAAGUGGAUAGUUGGACUGGAAGAAAACCAGGUUGUGGAAUGUAUUGUGAAUUAUGAGAAUGACGUCCGAUCAUCCAGGAACACCAGGCACAACCACACCGUGCGAUGGAUGCCCUCCAGCGAGCAGGAUGUCAUCAAGAAGGUGGAGCUGCUGAUAGAGACUGCACAGAUUGGCACGGGGGGCGACUCCAGGAGCAGGCCGGACUCGGAUGUGGAUCAGUGGAUGUACCACCUCAGGAAAAAGCACAUGGAGAGGCAGGCGGUGCAGCAGGCGAGGAGCAGGCCGUCCCCCAGCUCCACAGGCACUGAGACACUGCAUCACUUCCUCACCCUGUGCGAGAACCAGGCUUCCUAUGCGGCCGCGGUGAAGAGGUCUCCCACUCGCAGCCUGCUGUCCCCCUAUACUGACUCGAGGACGGUAUCCCCCACUUUGGGGAUCUCCUCCAAGCUGGCCUCCAUGCCCCUGGGGUCAAAGGGUAGCAGCCCCUCCAGCACCACCUCAGAGAGCACCUCCGAGAGGGGGCGCCCCUCUAGUGGUAGUCCUAUGCACAGCUACAGCAAAAACAGCUAUUCUAGUCGUAUGUCAAUGGCACCACAAGGGGGCGCUAGAGAGAACACAAGGGGCCGCUGUUCUGUCUCUGCACCCAGGCACACAGACAGGCCAGGCAGAGACUUCCACCACAGGGGCCAGCCGAGGAUCAGCAGCAGCAGUGCAGGGACGGAAAAUCCAGCAAGACUCAUACCUGGGAUGCACACAGUGACAGACCGCUGUAGCACUGAGCCAGAGGCCAAAGCCAACGAGGGUGGCUGGACCAAAGUGGAGCGGCAGAGGAAGCCACCAAAGCAGGACCAUAGACAGGCCAGGGGCCGGGGAAGGAGGGGAGGUCGUGGAGGCCGCGGAAGGAGCUAGAGGCGAAAAGCCAAAAGGCAAGGAUGUUUUCGGAGAUGCUAUAUUUUUAAAAGAACUGUUCUCACUGUCCUCCAUGCAGCACCAACCCAGCAGGUAUUGGUGUGGGUUUAAGCCCCCUGCCUAAGUUUUAUAUACCUCUGACGCUUAGGUCUAACCGACUACACUAACACUCAAUAGCAUAAGGACCUAGUCUCUUUGAAGCUGCCCUCUUGGUAGGUGUUCCUUAAUUUGAAAAGUACAUGAAUCAGUGUUACCAAACUGUCAUGUUUAUUAGCACACCAUUAUUAUACAUUAAUACUAUGAUCAUCUUCAUUAUGUAUGUAUAUAUCAUAUUAUUUUGUAUAUAUUGUUAUAUCGGGGCAGCAUGGUGGUGCAGUGGUUAGCACUGUUGCCUCACACCUCUGAGCCCCGGGUUCGAGUCUCCGUCUGGGUCACAUGUGUGCGGAGUUUGCAUGUUCUCCCCAUGUUGUCGUGGGGUUUCCUCUGGGUACUCCGGUUUCCCCCCACAGUCCAAAAACAUGCUGAGGCUAAAUGGAGUUGCUACUGUAUUUUGGUUUGUUUUAAGCCACUGAAAAUGAUGCAGGCUGUCAGUCUGGCAGUAAAUUGUGUGCCUGUAUAUCUGUCUAAGUACUAAUGAAUAGGUUUGCUGCAUUUAUAUUGCAAUUAUAUGAAGUAAUACACACAUACUGUCUCUCUCUGUCUCACGCACACUCAUAAAUAAAUAUGUAAAUAUAUAUUUAUGUGGAGAAGUGGUUAGCACUGUUACCUCACACCUCUGGGACCCAGGUUCGAGUCUCCGCCUGGGUUACAUGUGUGUGGAGUUUGCAUGUUUUCCUCAUGUGGUUGUGGGGUUUCCUCCAGUUACUCCAGUUUCCCCCCACAGUCCAAAGCCAUGCUGAGGCUAAUUGGACUGUGGAAUUACUCAAUUGCCCGUAGGAGUGCAUGUGUGAGUGAAUGGUGUGUGAGUGUGCCCUGCGAUGGGCUGGCCCCCCAUCCUGGGUUGUUCCCUGCCUCGUGCCCAUUGCUUCCGGGAUAGGCUCCGGACCCCCCGCGACCAAGUAGGAUAAGCGGUUUGGAAAAUGGAUGAUUAUUGUUAUAUCCCAAUAUUUUAAAUCGUUUUUUAAAGGUGGGUAUUUUAAUUCUUUGGAUUUGUUAAGAGAUAUGAGGUCUGAGACAAAAAGGCAUUAGUGAGGGUAAAGAGGGUAAUAGGUUCAAAACGUCAGUGUGAGUUACGAUAAACUCUGCGACUCACAUCGGCAGCCAACCCUUUUACUGUCAGAACCUGUGCAGUCAUCGUUGGUUCUGAAAUGGAAACAACCCUAUUUGUCCACACCAAGUCACACCCUCUCUCAGCUCAUGGCGAUUGGCUGUCACCACCCUCGAGGACAUCCCCCUUUCUCUCACACCUCUGCCAAAACCUUGGGACAUGUGCCAGUAUUUACCACUUGUUAGAGUUUGUGAUGUCAGUGCUGUACCUGCUGUAUGACUCUGUGAUCUGUCACCAGCCAGCAAAUUGAUAAAGGGGAUUAAGGUAUCUGCUAAAUAAAUUAAUUUUAAUCCA